AUGGAUCACUAUACCUUUAUUAAGCGUGACGCUGAAUACACAUCACUUGACGAAUGCGCUAAUGACACAACCUACACCGAUAGAUUCAUCCCACUUCAUUCUUCCGACUUAUCUGUAACCUUCGCUUUCCAUCAACCGCCAAUAUCUUCCGAACGUCUAUCCACUAAAAGACGCCGUGGCAGUUCUUUGUCUCCUAUUCAACAGAUCAAUAACAAUGGCGAUGAAUUCCGUCGAGCUGUAAUCGUUCAGGCUAUGCUUCCGCGCAAUGAAGAUUAUUUUAGCAGGAGGUUAUUCAAAUUUAGGGCGAAAGAGAGACGAAUCAACAUCAUCGAUACGCCCGAGAGGGAUGCCUACUCAUUGACACCGUUUCCAUGGAAUGUAGAAAAACUGUUGCGGAGACCGUUAAAGAAACAAAGAAAUAUUAGUCCUAUGCCCUAUCAAAUGCUUGCAUUCUGUGAUCAACUGGGCUUAAAGGAUGACUUUUACAUGAACAUUCUUGACUGGUCAUCAGACGAUGUACUGAGCAUUGGUAUAGAUUCCAGCGUAUACUUGUGGUCGAAAAGCACGACUCAGAUGACUCGCUUAUGUGAAUUAGAAGCAUCAAAUAAAAUUACUUCAGUCAAUUGGAUUAAAAAGGCAAGCAUAGGGGCAAACCCUGGCCGUUGGUACCGCGGAUGGGUUGGUGCAGCUCUGGGAUGCUCGUACUUCUCAACUGAUAAAGAGUAUGAAGACGCAUCAGGGACGAGUUGUCUUGCAUGGAAUGAGAGUGUAAUAACCUCAGGAAGUAACGAUCGAUUUAUUGUUCAUAGUGAUAAGAGAUCACCUGCCGACUGUUUCAGAAUACUACCUGGUCAUUGCUCAGAGGUAUGCGGCCUAGAAUGGAAUCUCGAAGGUACCCAUCUAUCUAGUGGCGGCAAUGCAGGAGAACUUUUCAUAUGGAACCGCACAAACCCCACGCGCAUCUACUCUCUCACUCAUCACAAAGCAGCCGUCCGUGCCCUUUCAUGGAGCCCACACACGCACAACGUGCUUGCCAGUGGCGGCGGUCAUCUCGAUCGUAAAAUCUGUUUCUGGAAUACAGCAGACGGCAGAUUGAUCGGUAGUCAUAACGCAAAAGCGCAAGUAUGUAACAUCGAAUGGUCAAAAAGCGAGAAUGAACUAGUGUCAUCGCAUGGAUGGUGGAAGAACAGCAUCGUCGUGUGGAAAUAUCCAGACAUGGAGAAAAUUAUCACGUUGAAGGGGCAUACGUAUCGCGUGUUGUAUCUUGCCAUGUCACCAAAUGGGGAGGAUAUUGUUACCGGCGCUGGUGGCGAUGAUAAUACAUUGAGAUUCUGGAAGGUGUUUGAUACUAUCAAGAACGUGUGGAAGGAAAAGGAAGACUUUAUUGUCACCGAAUGUCACAACGCGCACGGCCCUGCAUGGGUAUCCCGGUUUUUGAGUACUAAAACUGCUAAGCAAUGUUUCAGGAGAUGGAAUGAUGCAUUGAGUCCUGGAAUUAAUAUGACGCCGUUGACCCAAAUUGAGCGGGACAUGCUUAUAGAAUUAAAUUGUACUGAUAAUUCUAGAUGGUCUAGAAUUGCAUUAAAUUUUCCUGGUCGCACUCCGAAAAUGAUAAAGGAUUUCUGGCAUCAAAUGAAAGAAGAGGAAGAAAGCAUUCGCAACCAAAUGUCAAUACGACGGUUGCUUAAUUAA